AAUUACAGCAACCACACAUUGGUCCAAAAAAUCUGAUCUUUUGAUUGUCAAACAUUCAAACCAAAAAAUCUUAUCCAUGGCGCCCAUCUCUCUCUCUCUCUCUCUCUCUCUGUGAAAUGCCAUUGCCACCCCCAUGAAUCCCACCACACCCAAACCCACCACGCCUCCUCCCCCACCACACCCUUCAACUCUCUUCCCAGACCUCAAACAAUGCAAAACCAUACAACACCUGAAGCAAGUCCACGCCAAAAUGAUCAAAACUGGUCUUAUCCACGACCCACUAGCCUCCGCCGAGCUCCUCCGCUUCGCCGCCCUCUCCCCCCCUCCCCACCGCGACCUCGCCUACGCCCGCCGCCUCUUCUGCCACACGGACCAACCCAAUUGCUUCUCUUACAACACCCUCAUCAGAGCACUCUCCGAAAAUGACGAAAGUGACCCAAUCGAGGCCAUGGUUUUGUUCACCCAGAUGGGUAUUUCUGAAUCCGUCGAGCCCAAUCGGUUCACGUUUCCGUCCGUGCUCAAGGCGUGCGCCCGAGCUGGGCGGGUAAAAGAAGGGAAGCAGGUUCAUGGGUUGGUUGUGAAGUAUGGUUUGGAAUGUGAUGGGUUUGUUGUUUGUAAUCUUGUGAGGAUGUAUGUUGUGUGUCAAGAGUUGGAGUGUGCCCGCGUGUUGUUUAAUGGCAAGAGAUGGGAAUUGGGUAAUAAUGUGGUGAUGCAGAAUGUGAUGAUUGAUGGGUAUGUCGGGAUUGGGGACUUUCAAGCCGCGAGGCAACUGUUCGACUCAAUGCCUGAAAGAAGUGUGGUAUCGUGGAAUUCGAUGAUUUCUGGGUACGCGCAGAAUGGGUUGUGUAAGGAGGCGAUAGAGCUGUUCCGCUAUAUGCAGAUGGCAGAAGAGCAUCCGAACUAUGUCACGCUGGUUAGUGUUCUUCCGGCGAUAUCACGACUUGGGACACUUGAAUUAGGCAAGUGGGUUCAUUUGUAUGCGGAGAAAAACAAGAUUGGAAUUGAUGGGGUGCUAGGUUCUGCUUUGAUUGAUAUGUAUUCGAAGUGUGGAAACAUUGAGAAGGCACUUCAUGUUUUCGAUAGGCUACCACAGAGGAAUGUAAUCACUUGGAAUGCAACUAUUAGCGGGCUUGCCAUGCACGGUCAAGCAAAGGAUGCACUUGAUCAUUUUUGGAGGAUGGAGCGGUUGGGAGUGAAACCAACAGAUGUAACGUACAUCGCUGUGUUGAGUGCGUGUAGCCACGCAGGGUUAGUGCACGAGGGAAGAUUGAUUUUUGACCACAUGGUAAGAGUAGUCGGGUUAGAACCAAGGAUUGAGCAUUAUGGUUGCAUGGUUGAUCUUCUAGGUCGUGCUGGUCUUUUGGAAGAGGCUGAAAAACUUAUUUUGGAAAUGCCUAUGAAGCUGGAUGAUGUGAUUUUGAAGGCAUUGCUUGGUGCUUGCAAGAAGCAUGGAAACUUUCAAAUAGGCAAACGGAUAGCGAGACUUUUAAUGGAGAUGGUUCCUCAUGAUAGUGGAGCUUAUGUGGCGUUAUCAAAUAUGUAUGCCUCUUUGGCAAAUUGGGAGGGAGUUUCUGAGGUGAGAAUGAGGAUGAAGGAGAUGGAUAUAAGGAAAGAUCCGGGGUGUAGCUGGAUUGAGCUUCAUGGAACUAUUCAUGAGUUCUUUGCGGAAGAUGAAUCCUACCGGAAAUCAGAAGAGAUCCGUUCGAUGUUGGAAGAGAUGUCUAGACAGUUGAGUUUGCUUGGUUACGAGCCAGACGCUUUGCAAGUGUUCCUUAAAAUGGAUGAUGAAGGGAAGGAAGGUGCUUCAUAUUAUCACAGUGAGAAAAUCGCAGUUGCCUUCGGCUUAAUCAGUACGAGCCCCCAAACACCACUUCAUGUAGUUAAGAACUUACGAAUAUGCAAUGACUGUCACUCCUCAAUAAAGCUUAUUUCUAAGGUUUAUAAUCGUAAAAUUGUUGUCAGGGACCGGAAGCGCUUUCAUCAUUUUGAGAAUGGAGCGUGUUCUUGCAUGGACUUCUGGUAAUAUCUCAAUGGGAAGUCCCCCAUUGGAGUAAUAGUGGAAGGCUAUUUGUGAUGGAAACUUUGAAAUUUCUGAAUCGAUUGGUGACAGAGUACAUCUCGGCACAAAAUCUACAUCACAGAAUAACAUGAACUGCAACCAACCUCCUCUGUAAAAGUAUUCCUAGCAUGUGGAACUUCUCCAGGUCUAAUUUUGCUGGCAUUUGACUACAGUAAAUCGCAUUUUUCUGCUAGUGGAUGAAUUCGAACCUAGUUCCUAUUGCAGAAGGCAAGUCAAAACCACUUCUCGAACAGACCUUAUUUAACAAUCUUGUCAUGUAGAAUUAUCACGUUUCGCACCAUUUUAUUUGGUGAUAGUGCUGAGAUUGACCUGUUCGAUCGGAGCAGUUCAUUGAGAUUUCAUGUCUAUUACAAUGGAGCAGUUCAUUGAGAUUUCAUGUCUAUUACAAUGGGUUUCGCACCAUUUUAUUUGGUGAUAGUGCUGAGAUUGACCUGUA